AUGCACGAGCUCCUGCUGUUUGCCUCGGUCCCGGUCCACAAGCACCAUGAGCUUGUCCAGCAGCUGGCCGGACUGACGGCCAUGCAGCCUCGCCACGCCCUUGAGCGUCGGCUCAUCUUCAAGGCCCAUCGCAAACCCGGCAUGGCAUCCGCCCGGGUGGGUGGCAGCCAAGAUCUGCAACAAUCGGGCGACCUGCAACGCGUGAACAAGCUCCUCAACGGUGGCAUGUUCUAUACCCAGGUGGUCGGCCCCGUUGUGGACAGAGAUUUUGCGCCCGCCCCCGUCUCCGCGCCGGACCCCGAUACCCAGAUGGCGGGGACCGACGAAGUCAAACCACCCCCCCACGACCAGUCGCAAAAUCGGACCGAGCAUGUCUAUGAUCAUGAGAAACAGCCCUGGAAACUCGAAUUCCGAGAUAUUCCUGAAGCGGGCACCCGCUCGGGCGUGACGGCCCGCGUGAUGGCGACCGCUACGCUGCCUCCUGGGGACGUCGUGCCACUCAUGAAUGCGUGGGGCUACAGCUUUGUGACGGAGUAUGUAGUCGAAGGACACGUCUUCAUUCACAAUGACAUCGUGCUCUUCUUGCAUCGGGUCUUGCACUACCCGACAGGAGAACAGGAGCCGCGGGAUCCCCGGCGACAACUUCCUUCUUUCCAGAGCAUGGCCCCGCUAGAAAAGAGCGGCAGUUAUGUGCUGCAAGCGUCGAUUACGGUCCAGGAUGGGACUAACCAGGAGACCAUGAAAAAGGCCUCCCAGCAUCUGUUUGGACUGCGGGAACAGCUCAAGUCGUCAGUGCGCCUGGAAGAAGCGGAUCGCUUGUCACUGGAUACUCGGGCGAAGUAG